AUGGCCGACAAGAGGCAAGAUCUGAAGCCGGCGACACGCAUGGUGCAUGCCGGGACAACACGUUCGGCCUUCGGCGAGACAUCCGAGGCGAUGUUCCUGACGCAGGGCUUUGUCUAUGACAGCGCCGAGGCGGCCGAGGCGCGCUUCAAGGGCGACGAUCCGGGCUUUGUCUAUUCGCGCUAUGCCAACCCGACCGUCGAGAUGUUCGAACAGCGCAUGUGUGCGCUCGAGGGCGCCGAAGCGGCGCGCGCGACGGCCUCGGGCAUGGCCGCGGUCGCGGCCUCCAUCCUCUGCCAGGUUUCGGCCGGCGAUCAUGUGAUUGCGGCACGGGCGCUGUUUGGCUCGUGCCGGUGGAUCGUCGAGCAGUUGCUGCCGCGCUAUGGUGUCGAGACGACGCUGGUCGACGGCACCGAUCCCAAGGCCUGGGAACGCGCGGUCAAGCCGAACACCAAGCUGUUCUUCUUCGAAAGCCCGACCAAUCCGACGCUGGAGAUCGUCGAUAUCGCCCAUGUGGUUGCGGUGGCGCGUGCCUGCGGCGCCAAAACGGUGAUCGACAAUGUGUUCGCCACGCCGCUCCUGCAGAACCCGAUGGUGCUGGGCGUCGACAUCGUCGUUUAUUCGACCACCAAGCACAUUGACGGGCAGGGGCGGUGCCUUGGUGGCGUAGUGCUCGGCCCACAGGACUGGGUCGACGAGCAUCUGCACGACUUUUUCCGCCAUACCGGCCCGUCGAUGAGCCCGUUCAACGCCUGGGUGAUGCUCAAGGGGCUGGAGACGCUGCCGCUGCGGGUCGCGCAACAGACGAAGAGCGCCGGCGCGGUGGCGGACUUUCUCGCCGACCACUCGGCAAUCAGCCGCGUCGUCUAUCCGGGGCGGCCGGACCAUCCGCAGGCCAAUAUCGUGCCCAAGCAAAUGAGCGGCGGAUCGACGCUGGUGGCGUUCGACGUCAAGGGCGGCAAGCGAUCGGCGUUCGCAUUCGCCAACGCGCUCGAAAUCGUCGGCAUCUCGAACAAUCUGGGCGAUGCCAAGAGCCUGAUCACCCAUCCGGCGACGACGACGCACAAGAACCUGUCGGACCAGGACCGCGCCGAACUGUCGAUCGGCGGCGGCACGAUGCGCCUGUCGGUCGGUCUCGAAGACGCCCAGGACCUGAUCGCCGAUCUGGACCGGGCACUGGCGGCGGCGGGGUAG